AUGGCCCCUACUUGCUCGCUGCUCGCUCUGUCGAUCCUCCUGGCCGCAUGGGGGCCCUUGCUCCAGCCUGCCUCCGCGCAGCCCAUCCUCGAGGAGAUCAAGUCCCAGGCCUUCGUUGAUGCCGCCCCCGUGGUGCCCCCGCCCAUGAUCCAGGGCGGCGCGUGGAUCGACGUGGACGGCGACGGCGAUCUGGACUUCGUGCUGCCCGGCGAUCCCGCCAAGGGCGUCCACCUGCAGUGGGUGGAGAACAUCGACGGGCAGACGUUCCAGACGGCGGCGCUGGAUUUGAUGGUGGAGGACCUGCCGGGGCCGUCGAAACUGGGCGACCGCCCCCAAGUCCUUGCGGCUGACCUCAACAACGACGGACUGACUGACCUGUACAUAAGUGGGUGCAUGAAUCCGCUGCCGCUGACCACCCUAACGAUUGUGGAGGAAGAUUUCGAGCCCGGGGAGUGCUCGACGGCCAUCCUCUUUGAGAACUUGGGCGGUGGGAAAUUUAGAGCACACGAGGACAACGGCAUUCAGCCCGCGCUCAUCGGAACCGGAACGGCAGCGGGAGAUGCAAACAACGACGGGCUUUUGGACCUGUACAUAUCGGAUGCACGGCUGAUUGCUGUCACCGAGAAUCCGAGUGACACAUACGGCAACAAGCUCUAUAUUAACAAGGGCAACUUCCGGUUCGAGGAUUCCGGCCUGUCCGUGGACAACCCCUGGUCGUGCGUCUCGGCCUUCGUCGACUUCGACUACGACGGCGACCAGGACAUCGUCACGGGCGCCUGCCAGCGGACAACCGUGGUCGGUGGCCCCAACAGCACGCUGCCCUCGAAAACCCCGCAGCUCGCACCCAUCCCCACCCCGCUCCUCCUCCUCAAAAACACGCUCAAGGAAAAUGGCACCCUGGGCUUCGAGGACGUCACUGAGGAGCUGUUCGGCAAGGUGUACGACGGGCUGUGGAUGUCCGUGGUCCUCGGGGACAUCAACUACGACGGCAGGGUCGAUUUUUACAUCGGAAAUUGGGGCCUGGAGGGGGACCCCACCGGGCGCGGCAUACCGCAGCCCCACCUGCUGAUGGUCAGCCAGCCAGGGGGGACCUGGGCGGACGAGGCGGCGGAGAGGGGCGUGGCGGAUCACGCCUUCAACUGGGGCGGCGCCUUCAUCGACCUGAACAACGACGGCCACCUGGACUUAGUGACCGUGGGAUCCGCCGUGCUGCCCACCUCCGUGCUCAGCAACAACGGCACGGUGUUCAUCAACGACGGCACGGGCAACUUCAGCCGCGCGCCCGACUUGGGAGUGGCGGAGAUCGUCAACGGCGGCAUAUCGGCCGGGGACUUCAACGGCGACGGCAGCCAGGACAUCAUGGUCGUGGGCCAGGCGCGGAACCCGCUCAUUCCGGAGGGCCUGUUCAACGACACCGGCCGCCUGACGCUGUUCAAGGGCACGGCACCCGGCGAGCGGCACGUGGCGUUUGUCCUGGAGGGGGUGGAGAGCAACAGGGCGGGCAUAGGGGCGUUUGCCACGGUGUGCCCCUCGGCCGACGUCUUUGGGCCCCCAUCGUCGCCCGACGUGCUGUGCCAGCACCGGGUGCUGACGGCGGGAUCCGGCGCCUACUCGACGCACAGCCCGGUCUUCCACUUCGGCGUGCCCUCCGGCAUGGAUGCGGUGGACGUGACGCUGGUGUGGCCGUCGGGCGCGGAGGACGUGCACCCCGGGGUGGAGGUGGGGUAUCGGUACAUGCUGAAGGAGGGGGGCGAAAUGGCGAGGGCCUAA